AUGUUUUCCGCGACAGCACCGGUGGGAGGAGCAGUGGAACAUGCGCAGCAACCAUUGCGUCCGGCAAGGCCUACUACGGCAAGGCCCACCAAGCCAGAUUACUUCUCUAUGUCCCUUGUACGGAAGCCCAUGGGACCUUCCAUUUAUCCAGGUGCUGCAGCCGCGGAGGAUGCUUCAAAGGGGCUUUUAUUGAGUGAUGCAAUGCACGACAUGAACUUCUACACCGGAGUCUGCGAAUCGUUGCCCGAUGCAGGACGCCCAGUGCUCAACUCGGUAUUGUUUAGUCAACGACACGUGGUUAACGACACUCCUUCGGUUGAAGAGGAAAUUGCGAGCAUAAACGAGCGCAUGCGCCUAUGGCGUGCCUCCCGCCUACAGGAAGUGAUCACCAACUACGAGCACACCCAGGAACAGGCUCUCCUAGACGAGAAAGUGGAGGAGCGCAUAAGAGCGCGUCAGCAGGCGGAGCAAGACCGCGCUGUGCGCCGCAUCUCGCGGAUGCUAGAUUCCCUCAUCCCCGAAUUGGAAAAGAUGACACUGUCUGAGGCGGCAACCGAUGUGCUGGGCACUGCCAGGCGUGAGGCUCUGCACAAACAAUGGAAGGAGCGGGAUGAACUGCAGCAGCGUCUCCUGCGAGAAAUGCGACUUGCAGAACGUCAUCGACUAGUUGACCUUCAAUUUCAGCGAAAUGUGGAAGAGCGCAAUUCACUCGAGUCGCAGCACUACUACAGUUAUCUGGCGCAGAAAAUGGAUGAAAGAUUGGCCUUCCGACAGCUCUGCGAGGCAUUUUACGACGAGAAAAUAAUUGUCGGUGUAACCGAUGAUGAAACAGUCGUAAGGCAAAGGAUGCAGCGGUUAGAACUCGAAGAUAGGAUUUACAUCAUCGAACAAAUGCGCAGUGUAAUAGGCAUAAAAGAAAGUACACUGGCCCAGGAGGCUAACACAAAAGAAGAGGAAACCUCCCUCACAUUUGAGGCAACAAACACCCAAGAAACCGAACAAGCCGUCACCUCCGCCGCGAAGGCCGAGACAGCAGAGCACGUUGAGGAGCUUGUAAAGCCGGUGGCGGUCGCCGCGAAGGCUGAGGCUGAGGCCGAGGCUGCGGAGCACGUUGAGGAGCUGGAAAAACCGGUGGCGGACGCCGCGAAGGCUGAGGCUGCGGAGCACGUUGAGGAGCUUGUAAAACCGGUGGCGGACGCCGCGAAGGCUGAGGCUGCGGAGCACGUUGAGGAGCUUGUAAAACCGGUGGCGGUCGCCGCGAAGGCUGAGGCUGCGGAGCACGUUGAGGAGCUUGAAAACCGGUGGCGGACGCGCGAAGGCUGA